AUGCUCCCCAGCGCCGUGGCGGCCCACGCGGGCGCGUACUGGGACGUGGUGGCUUCCUCCGCGCUCCUCAACUUCCCCGCAGCGCCGGGCUUUGGCAACCUGGGCAAGAGUUUCCUGAUCGAGAACUUGCUGCGGGCUGGGGGCGCCCCGCCGCCCGGGCUGCAGCCGCCCCCGCCCCACGGUCCGGCAGCCGCUUUAGCCACCGCCGCCGCAGGCGCGCAGCUCCGGCCCUUGCCUGCCAACCCCGUUCCCCUGAAGCUGUGCCCUGCGGCCGAGCAAGCCAGUCCCGGCGGGGCGCCCUACGGCACGCGGUGGGCUUUUCAAGUGCUCAGCCCCUCAGCGGAUGACGCAAGGCUGCCGGGCCGCCCUACGACAGACCGAGACUGUACCUUCCAGCCUUCAGCCCCAGCACCUUCCAAACCUUUUUUCCUGAGUGCCCCGCCAUUCUACUCGGCAUGCUGUGGUGGGUCCUGUCGGCGCCCUGCAUCCCCCACUGCUUUUCCAAGAGAAGAGAGUGUGCUGCCUCUCCUGACACAGGACUCUAACUCCAAAGCUCGGAGGGGUAUUUUAAGAAGAGCCGUCUUUUCUGAGGACCAGAGAAAGGCUCUGGAGAAAAUGUUUCAGAAGCAGAAAUAUAUCAGCAAAACAGACCGAAAGAAACUUGCCAUCAACUUGGGACUAAAGGAAUCACAGGUGAAAAUUUGGUUUCAGAACAGAAGGAUGAAAUGGCGGAAUUCCAAAGAAAAAGAAGUACUUUCCAACAGAUGUGUUCAAGAAGCAGGCCUUCAAGAGGAUCCCCUGUCACGAUCUGCUCUGAGUUUCCCUUCUCCAUGUCCAUCACUCUGGGAAGUCUCCCAACAACGCUCAAGUCCAAGAUGGAGGGAAAAUUCACCAGAAGCUCCAGAAAGACUCAUCCAUGAGAGUUCAGGGGCACAGCCUCCAGAAGCAAAUUCACUGCAAGGUGCCUUGUAUAUGUGUUCUGAAGAAGAAGCUGGAGACAAGGGUGUACUUAAUGGGGCCGUCUGA